ACUAAACCGGCGGAGACCAACCGGCAACCGUCCGACUUCCCGCUCACCGCGACCAUCAGAGGUUAUAUGAAGCGGCGGCGACGUGCGUUGGAGCUCAGUAGUUGUCUUGCGGCGGUGGUUGGAGGAGGGGCUGUAACGCAACGAUCUUGAAGACUGGUGACAGGGCGGGGAGUGAGGCGCGUGUCACCCACCACGGGCUAGGCUGACGUAAGGCACACGCCAGCCAUGAAGACCUUCCUGACGAUAGUGGCGUUGGCGGCGGUGGCGACGGCGAUCGAGAAUGAGGAUCCUCAACUUCGGCAACGCAGGAGCAUCGGGUCUUGGUUCGACGACUUCUUCGGCUGGGGCGACUCGGGCGAAUAUGACUCUGAGCCCAUCGUGGUUCCCGUGCCCUACCCGAGACACGUGCGGCACCUCCCAUCCUACGGCCCCCCGAUCGGCUCCUACGGGCCCCCGCCAAUCAAGACUUCCUAUGGUCCCCCUCCUCCGAUAGCAACCUCCUAUGGUCCUCCGAAGGGUUCCUACAUUCCUCCUCCUCCUCCUUCCAAGGGCUAUGGUCCUCCUCCUCUCUCCAAGGGUUAUGGACCUCCUCCUCCUCCUCCUUCUAAGGGUUAUGGUCCUCCUCCAAAGGCUACUUUCAUCCCUCCUCCUGAAGCCUCCUAUGCUCCCCCUUCCAAGGGCUAUGGUCCUCCCCCUCCUCCUCCAUUGACAUCCUAUGGUCCCCCUCCAAAAGCAUCAUACAUUCCCCCUCCUCCGUCCACCUCCUACGGCCCUCCACCAAUUCAUGAAAGUGGCAGAGGUCUACAGGGAGGCCACAUUGGAGGAGGCCACAUUGGAGGAGGCCAUAUCAAGGGAGGUGGUGGUGGAGGCCACAUUGGAGGAGGUGGUGGUGGAGGCCACUUUGGUGGAGGCCACAUCAAGGGAGGUGGUGGUGGAGGCCACAUUGGAGGAGGCCACAUUGGUGGAGGCCACAUAAAGGGAGGUGGUGGUGGAGGCCACAUAGGAGGAGGCCACAUUGGUGGAGGCCACAUCAAGGGAGGUGGUGGUGGAGGCCACAUAGGAGGAGGCCACAUUGGCGGAGGCCACAUCAAGGGAGGUGGCGGUGGAGGCCACAUUGGGGGAGGUGGCCAUGGAGGUCACGGGAAGGGAAUCCCUCACGGCUUUGGGCCCGUGAAGCACACCGACGUGGUCAGCGGCGGGGGCGGCAGCAGCUACUCUGCCCCGGCUGUUCAUCACGGUGGUGGAGAUUACAGUGGGCAGCUGCCACCGCUGCCACCCAUCCACAUUCACGGAGACUCCUUUGAAGACGACCACGGUCUGUACGGCCCACCUGUGGACACAUACCUGCCGCCAGGGGACCUGCACAAUGUCCCGACAGUGCCGCUGGUGCCAUCUCAGGCCAUCGACCUGGUACCUUCCGGCCCCCCCCUCCCCCUUGGACCCACGGUUCCUGACACCUCCAAUAAUUACCGAGCUCCUCCGUCCUUCCCGCCACCCAUGGCUGCCCAUGGGUCCUCAUCUUCUUCUUAUCUGGAUGGCUUUGAGCCCUCACAGCCAGUGCACGGUAGCCCUGCCGUACCCUCUGGACCAGUCCGUCCCCUCUAUGACCUCCCCUCAGGUGGCGGCCUGCAGGCCGUUGAUGAUUCAGGAGAAUUUUUCGACGAUGAUGUCCUCCCUCCAGCUCCGGUACAAGUCUUGCCUCCAGGGAUAGGCGACCUUGAGCUUAGUGGAAAGAAACGAAGUGUUGGUGAUAGCCUAGAGGUUAAAGGAGGUUCCUUGGAGUCUGGAGGUGCCUUGGGGUCUGGAGGUGCCUUAGGGUCUGGAGGUGCCUUGGGGUCUGGAGGUGCUGUGGGGUCUGGCCCUAAGUCUCUGACUUACGGGGCAGAGCUCGGCUACGAUGAUCCUAUCAUUGAGAUCGUGAUUGAAGAUGGGGACCCAAUACCAGCACCACCUCUGCCCAUAAUCGACCCCUCGCUCUAUGACAUACCAGACGAGCCUGUGGAAGUGUUCUUCAUUGAGUACGGUCCAGGCGACAACUUAGAUGACCUUCAUUCUCUGAAUCUGGACGGUGCAGCGCCUGCCAUCCUGCAUGAUCUGCCCCACGACCUGCCCCUCGAUGUGCGCGAACACCUCCUUGGCUCCGGUGUUCUCGACAAUGCUGAAAUCCAGGUGCUUGAUCUGGACGACGCCCUCCAAGCAGACGACCUGGACCGGGGUGCGCGAGAAGCCUUGGAGUCUUUGUACACCUCAGAGAGCCGUCAGUCUGUCAGUAAGGUAAAUGCCUCAGGCAAGAAGGACGUGGAGGUGAAGGUGCGCCGCCUCCUGGGGGACGGGACGCCCGCUGAGGUGGCUGAAAUUCUCACCAGCCUUGGGGACUUUCGCCAAGGACGCUUCGCUGGCCGUGUGAAAGCUAAUGAUGGAGAAUCUGAGAGGUUCAUUCCAGUUAGUGUGGACGGUGACCGCCUACCACUGCCAGACCACCCGGAGUUGCAGGGACGUGAAUUGGCGGGUGUCCUCGUCUUGGCAGAAGAUGAUUCUGGUGAAGGGAACAGCAAGGAGUCCAGCCCACCUGCCAACACUAGUGACCCUGUCGACAACUUGGUAACAGCAGGAACGGAGGAACUUGUUGUAAUACAGCCUUCACCACGAAUCGAGCCCCUGGACCGGGAAUGGCACGGGGACCCUGACGGCUGGCGUCCAGUCUGGAACUGAACUCAGCUCUCCUCCACCCUCCAUUCCAGCACCUCAUCCCUACCACCUCCAUCUGAGAGCUAAUUUCUCAGACCCAGGAGGCUGGCAGCUGACCUCUGAGUCAUCCACGGCGGAGAUGUAAGUGAGACAGGCCUUGCAGGGGGUUCAGUCGCUCGUGUGCCAGAGCCGGUCCUCUUGCUCUUGUUUCACUUAACUGUUAAUAGUAAGGGACUCGUGGCCUCAUCCCGCCCCUCACACACCAAGCCACUCAGGCCUGUCUCCACCUUACUCCCCACCUCUUUGUACAUAGCGUCGCCCGGUAGCUCGUGGUGGCAGCAAUAGCCAGGGUUAAGACCGUGUCAUAGCAAACAUAAGUCCCUUUCUUAGACCUGUUAAGUUUUGUUUUAUAUUUUUAUAUGUGUGUACGUAUGCAUGAUUGUGGUAAACUUUUUUCCCCUAAUUUCUCAGGACAAUGACUGAUAUGUGUGUGUGUGUGUGUGUGUGUGUGUGUGUGUGUGUGUGUGUGUGUGUGUUGGGAAACUUUCUGACAGCAACACUUAAUAUUAGUAUCUGUUAAACGAUAGAGAAAUAACACUUCAUGUUACUCACAGAGUGAUGUGCCUGUGAGUUGAGCUUAACACAUCUGUUAUUGUUAUCAUAUUUUCACCUGUUGUUAUUGUACAUCAUUGUUGUUAUUGACAUUGUGAGUUCUGUGAACGUAAGAUACCUAGGCCUACCUAUGCUUCAUACACUUCCUCUCCUGUUCUCUCCAUUUUUUAUUGUUGUUGGUUAUUCAUUGUUCUUUGACAAAAGUCGGCAACGAACUUCCCAUCAGUGAGUGGUGGUGAGCGUUGUGGUGCCGCCGCCCACACCGCCAGGGAUGGCUGGAGGGUCUGAGGGGCUGCUGAGUGCCUGCCAGAGUGAUUUGAACAGCAAAACAAUGGCACUGCAAUGUUCACCCUUUCAACUCAACCAUUUAUUAUAAAUUUGUUUCUUAUAAUAUCAUUAGUUGCACGCAUCUACACAUACUGUUCUAAAUUAUCUUGUAAUCAACUUGGAUAAAUCUCUGAGAAAAUAUUAUGUGUAUGUGAAUCUGCUGAUUUUAGUUGUUUUUUAUUAGAACAUUUUGUGGCAUUUUUUUUAUGACAACUACAAAAUUAUGUAAAUGCCCCUUCACAUGUCUGUUUUUGUCCACUAAACGUUGCUCAAGGAUUUCCACAACUUUCUGCCGGCAGAAUCAUGAAGUCAGUCACUCCAUUAUUAGUGUUUAACGGAGUCUAUGUGAAUGUAUUGUACAGUUAAGUUAAUAAAUUCUAUGAAAACAG